GCGGCGGGCGGCCGGGUUGUGGGCGGGCGGCGCACGGAGCGCAUUCCGGGCCUCACUCGGCUUUGUGUCUUCCAGAGUGUUUCCUUGGGCCUUGUGGCCCUCGUGACGUCCAGGAAUCUCCUUCAACCACGACUGCACUGGGCCCUGCUGGCGGUAGCUCUGGUGAACCUGCUCUUGUCCACCGCCUGCUCUCUGGGCCUCCUGCUCGCUGUGUCACUCACUGUGGCCAAUGGUGGCCGCCGGCUUAUUGCCGACUGCCAUCCAGGACUGCUGGACCCUUUGCUGCCACUGGACCAGGGGCCUGGACACGCUGACUGCCCUUUUGACCCCACAAGAAUCUAUGAUACAGCCUUGGCUCUCUGGAUUCCUUCUUUGCUCAUGUCUGCAGCGGAGGCUGCUCUGUCUGGUUACUGCUGUGUGGCAGCACUCACCCUCCGUGGGGUUGGGCCUUGCAGGAAGGAAGGGCUACAGGAGCAGCUGGAGCAACUGACAGAGCUCGAUUAUCCUAAAUGUAAAGGGCAGGAUAAUGAGCAGCUACUGGAUCAAAAUCAAGAAAUGCAGGCAUCACAGAAAAGUUGGGCUUAGGACAGGUGCUGAUCCAGAGGCUCAGUCCAUAGGGCUUUCCACUGACCCCAGGAUGAUAUAAAUACUGUAAUAAAAGAACUCUUCCACUUGA